ACCCCACUCUAACCGCGGCUGGUUAGGCAACUAACAUGAACAGGGGAUGAUUAUUGAUAUCCGAUAAACGUGGCAACGGACUCGUGUCGAGAGAAAAUGGGAUUGUUCGAUCGCUUAGCGAAUCUUCUAGGUCUUAGGAAAAAAGAAGUAAACGUUUUAGUAGUGGGCCUUAAUAACAGUGGUAAGUCGACGGUCAUAAAUAAUUUCAAACGCGAGGAUGACCGUUGCAUAGACAUAGUGCCCACUGUCGGGUUUAAUGUCGAGAAAUUUGCAUUCAAGAAUGUCAAUUUUACCGCAUUUGACAUGUCGGGUCACGACCGUCAUAGAUCAUUGUGGGAGCAUUAUUAUAAAGAUUGCCACGGGAUCAUCUUUAUAAUUGACAGUAGCGAUAAACUCCGACUAGUUGUCGUGAAGGAAGAAUUGGACAUGCUCUUGCAACAUCCUGAUGUGGCAGGCCGCAAGAUACCCAUCCUUUUCUUGGCGAAUAAGAUGGAUUUACCCGACUCCUUGACUACCGUGAAGCUGGUCGCUGGACUGGGUCUCGACCGAAUACAGAAUAAACCCUGGCAUAUACGAGCAACAAACGCGAUAACCGGCGAAGGUCUGCAGCCGGCGAUCGAGUGGUUGACGGAUCAAAUUCGCGAUAUAUACAUCAACAAGAGAUAAGACGCAUCGACAUCGUCUGCGACUGAUUCGAUGUCCUUUUCACGCAAUCUGUCGGACGGCAUCAGUGUCUGUAACGUCAUUUAUAUGUUUAUAUCGUUUGUAUUCGGUGUCACGAAUCUCGUCACACUUGGACCGCGUUUGAUUUGGCGCGAAAAAUAUUUGAAAAUUUUCAUAGCACCAGUUGAGCGUAAAAUGGUAAAUCAAUCGUAGACAUAAAGUACACGGAUGGGUUUCGGUCAUUUUUAACAAG